UGUAUUGCCUGCUGCUUUUGUGAUAAACUUUCAUUCAUUCAUUCCCAUUUCGAUUUUCGAUUUUCGAUUUUCGCCGCCUAUAUAUUUACUUACCACAUACCACCUCCAGCUAGCCCCAUUUCUAUCUUUUGCUCAUAAGGAUCAUCCCAUCUCCCUCCCUCUCUCUCUCUCUCUCACAAACACGCUCACACACUUUCCACCAUUCUUUUUCUUCGCCGUGUCUUGGUGGUUUCUGCUUAGCAGUCAUGGUUUCCGGUGAUAUUGCUCGCACUGUGGUUGGUAUUAUAGGAAACGUCAUUGCACUCAUCUUGUUCUUAUCACCGGUGCCAACGUUUGUCCGGAUAUGCAAGAAGAAAUCAGUGGAGCAGUACUCGGCAGUGCCGUACCUAGCAACAUUUAUCAACUGCGCUUUAUGGGUGUUGUACGGGCUGCCCAUGGUGCACCCAAACAGCACCCUAGUGGUCACCAUUAACGGCACCGGAUUUGUGAUCGAGGUGGUGUUCUUGCUUCUCUUCAUCGCCUACUCCGACCCGAAGAAGAGGCUCAAGGUGGUGGUGAUAGUGGUGGUGGAGUCCUUGUCCGUGGCGGUUCUGGCCCUCCUCGUUCUUACUUUGGCCCAUACUACCAAGCUCCGGUCUGCAAUUGUGGGCAGUAUUUGCAUGGCCGGCAACAUCAUGAUGUAUGCUUCUCCAUUAGCCGUCAUGAAACUGGUGAUCACCACAAAGAGCGUGGAGUUCAUGCCUUUUUUCCUGUCUCUGGCUUCAUUCGCCAAUGGGAUUAGCUGGACGGCAUAUGCCCUCAUCCGUUUUGAUCCCUUCAUUGCAGCUCCUAAUGGGAUGGGAUCACUACUUGGGCUGGCCCAGUUAAUACUCUACGCAACCUUCUACAAAUCAACAAAGAGACAGCUUGCUGAAAGGAAAGCUAAAGGAGAAGUGGGCUUGACAGAGAAGGCCGCUAAUGGACACACCAAAAGUACAACCAUUGUUGCUAUUGAUGGUUCACGUCCUUCUGAGUCUGAGGCUCUAGAUGUUUGACAAAGAGACGCAUUAGGAGGAGAAUCUCCAGAAUGGCACGAGUCAACUCAAAUAACACAGCAGACUUCCCAGCCCAGCUUAGGAAACGCAGACGGACGCAUUGGGUGGCCGUUCCCUUGCCUAGCAUUAGCACAGUUGGCUGACUUCCACCGUCCUCCUCCGCUUCAACGUCUGUUCUCAGUUUCUCAGACCACACUUCUUUUUGAUUUUGAUCUGAGCAAUUCACACUUGGUCAUGCAUUACUUCCAAAACAUGCUCCCAAAGUCUCUUCGCUUGUUUUUUAUUUUUAUUUUUUUUCGUUCUCUUCUUUGGAGGAGGCGUGGUUCUAGGCUUAUUUUCAAGUUUUUGAGGGAGGACUUUGUUCAAACUUGGCUUCUGCUUGGAUGUGACUUGUUCAAACAUUCUGCUUCCGCAUAAAAAAUGGGUUCUUCACUUUUUAUUAGUAGUAGUAUUUAACUAGCGAUUUCUCCAUCUUAUCAUAAUUUCCACCUGCUACGAGAAAGUCUAUCCAAUAGGUGGGGUGUUUGUGUUUCCGUUCACAAUGACAUUCCAAAUUUCCAAAUCAAUCAGCUGUAAUCUGUAUGUACAGGUAAUAAACAAGAAGACAAAAUAUUCUCCUAAUGGGAAAAUUUCUUAUUAUCUACGAGAUGCUAGCAUGGCAACACCAAGAUUUACACUUGCACUU